UGUAACAAAAGCACAGAAACAAAUCAUUUGUAUGAACAUUUAUUUCCACAUUUAUUGUUGUUAUUGUUUACAAUUAAAACAUUUUUAGGGGAUAUUCAAAAGUCACAUAUUCAGUGAAUAUUUUUUAUUAAAAUGGAGCAAAAUCUAGUGAAAGGUCUCGAGUCAUCUAUGCAGGAUUGUAUAUCAACACUCUUAAGCCAAGGCCGAAUUGAAGAUGAUAUCCCAAAUAAAACAGGUGUAGAGUGCUGCAUAGAGAAGUUCUUACAAUCGGCAAGACAACUUGAAGCAUAUUUUUCCAAGUAUCAAAUGUACAGUACUGUAAAUCACCCUCAGGAUGCAGUAAGAGAGGACAUCACAAAACUCCGAGAAGAACUGGACAGAAAAGAAGCCUUGUUGAAUUCACUCCAAGCUAAAACAAUUCACUGGAAUAAUGAACUUGAUAACUUGAUCAGUAAACAGAACAAUAUGUUUAUCAGUGACCACGAACGACGGACUUGAAAUUUCAUACAUGAAGUGUACAUAAAGUUA